UCCCAUAAACACCAACACGAAAAUGUCACAUGGUACGGAUAAAUCCAAAUGGAGUUACAAUUGAGGCGGCAGCGGCAACAGAACUGAAGGGGGCCGCAUUCGCAAUUCAACUUAAUAAUACGCCGUUACUACUAAAGUCAAGGCAUAAACCUCUCGGACUCAACCCGCCCCCCCCCAACCGACACUGCAGGCAGAUUAUGAUGAUGCCAUCUUCUCCUCCACAAUUCUCUCUGUCUUCUUCCCCUCAAUCUUCCUUUCUUGUGCUACUGUUGUUGGAAUACUAAAGAUUAGAAAACUUUUCUACACUUCUUUUCGUCCUUUCCCCUCUCUUUCUUUCAUCUUUCCUGAUUUUCAGAAUUAUACAGACUAAGAAAAUAUCAUACACUCACUCACUCUGCACUUUUGCUUUCCUUUUGCCCCUAAGCGUUUGUAGGCAUUCAGUGUGUAACCAAGUAUCAGAAUUUUGACGGGAAAUGGUGCCCGCGCAACUCACUGGUGGUGCCGCUGUUUCUUGCUGCUUAUCCAGUAGGAGCAGCAAAUGGGAAUUUUCAUCCAGAAACUCUACAGGGUUUCGUUGUUUUUUUGCAAGGCGGAGAAAUAUUGUUGGCUUAUGUUCUCCGUCCUUGGACAGGCCAAAAGGGUUCUUGCCUUGUCCAGUUAUUCGGCAGAAGAGCAAGCAGAUUUUUUCAAGAUUCAAUAGCCAGUUGAAUUCCGAAUCUGGCUUGCAAUCUAGUGAUGUGGAGGAGACCUGUGAUCCCUCGAAUCCAAGUGUAGGGCUCAAUGAGUUGAAUGGGUCUAUUUCAUCUGAGACCAAUGAAAUCAACGACAAGUUAAGGGGAGCUUCUUCCAUUACAUCUCAAUCGAAAGAUGUUAGGCACGAGCUCAUAAUGCUGUCUUUACCAGCAAUUGGCGGACAGGCCAUGGAACCGAUGGUCCAACUGAUGGAGACUGCAUUUAUUGGUCGUAUGGGUUCUGUGGAGUUGGCUUCUGCUGGUGUCUCUAUUUCACUUUUUAACAUAAUUGCCAAGCUUUUUAACAUGCCCCUCCUCAGCGUUGCUACUUCUUUUGUGGCUGAAGACAUUUCAAAGAAUGCAAGCAGAUUUUCCACAUCAGUGGAAAAGCUGCAGCUAUCUUCAGUGUCCACGGCUUUGCUGUUAGCUGUUGGUAUUGGCAUCUUUGAAGUUAUGGCCCUUUGUUUGGGAUCUGGACCUCUUCUCAGUUUGAUGGGCAUAUCACCGGCUUCCUCCAUGCGUACUCCUGCACAAAGAUUUCUUAUUCUGAGGGCCAUUGGUGCUCCUGCUUUUGUUGUUUCUUUGGCACUUCAAGGCAUUUUCCGUGGUUUCAAGGAUACAACGACCCCCGUAUUUUGUUUAGGUAUUGGCAAUUUUGCUGCUGUAUUUUUUUUUCCUGUAUUUAUGUAUUGUUUUCAGUUGGGUGCUUAUGGAGCUGCUAUUUCCACCGUUGUCUCUCAAUACAUUGUCACUUUUUCCAUGCUUUGGCAUCUUAAUAAGAGAGCGGUAUUAUUGCCUCCAAAACUGGGGGAAUUGCAGUUUGGUAGUUAUCUGAAAUCAGGUGGUUUCCUUAUUGGGAGGACUCUUGCUGUGCUGCUGACUAUGACACUUGGUACGUCCAUGGCGGCCCGACAGGGUCCUAUAGCAAUGGCUGCUCAUCAAAUAUGCUUACAAGUGUGGCUCGCUGUCUCGCUUCUUACUGAUGCACUAGCUGCGUCAGCUCAGGCCAUGAUUGCCAGUUAUGUAUCAAAAGAUGAUUACAGGACUGUGAGGGAUAUCACUCAGUUCGUGUUAAAGAUAGGUUUCAUAACUGGUGUUUUGUUAGCUGUGGUUCUGGGUGUUUCUUUUAGUUCUUUGGCUUCGCUAUUCACAAAAGAUAUAGAAGUCCUGGAAGUUGUUAGAACUGGUGUUCUGUUUGUCAGUGCCAGCCAACCUAUAAAUGCGUUAGCUUUUAUCUUCGAUGGUCUCCAUUAUGGUGUUUCAGACUUUCGUUAUUCUGCAGUUUCUAUGAUGCUGGUUGGGGCAAUAUCUUCUGUUUUCUUGCUAUAUGCUCCUGCAAUCAUGGGUCUUCCUGGUGUUUGGUCAGGCUUGACUCUUCUCAUGGGACUUAGAAUGAUGGCUGGAUUUUUCAGAAUAUUGCAACCAGGGGGUCCUUGGUGGUUCUUGCGUGGUGAUGUUAAAAAAGCCCAGCUUGUUGGCUGAGAAAUUGAGAUGUGAAGGACCCACAGGAGUUGAGCAGCCUGAACAAGGUAUAGAGCCCUGGAAACCAGUUGAUGUACAAGAUCAACAGCCUCAGGGAGCUCAGUUUCAGAUUUGACUGACCUGCCACAGACUGAUACUCCUUCACGAGUACUUUCCACUGCACAAGUUUGCUGUGUUGUGGGUGGGGACUUGGAUGUGAGAUUCAUUAUCUUGUGAAAUCACGUAGCUAGGAAUAAUCUGUAAGUUCACAAAUUUUGCUAUUCAGUAAAGCUUCAGUUCGACUUU